AUGGCUUCAUCAUCUGCGAAAGGGAAGGCACCUGCGAAUGGAAACGCUACGAACCUACCUUACGAACUCCCUUGGGUCGAGAAGUAUAGGCCGCACGCCCUGGACGACAUAGUUGGGAAUACCGAAACUAUUGAACGUCUCAAAGUUAUCGCAAAAGAUGGAAAUUGUCCGCACAUUAUUAUCUCGGUAGGCCCCCCCAAACAUCCUUUCUUUGCACGUCUAAUGGCGCGUCCAAAGGGAAUGCCGGGAAUCGGUAAAACGACCAGUAUACAUUGUUUGGCACAUCAACUCUUAGGUGACGCGUACAAGGAGGGGGUGCUCGAGCUCAAUGCAUCAGACGAAAGGGGUAUUGACGUUGUGCGGAACAAGAUCAAAGCAUUCGCGCAAAAGAAAGUUACUCUUCCGCCAGGGCGACACAAAAUUGUCAUUCUAGAUGAGGCAGAUAGCAUGACACCCGGCGCGCAGCAAGCACUGCGACGAACGAUGGAAAUCUACGCGAACACGACCCGUUUUGCACUAGCAUGCAACAUGUCGAACAAAAUUAUAGAGCCCAUCCAGAGCCGAUGCGCCAUUCUGCGAUAUGCGAAGCUGCGCGACACCGAGAUUCUGAAACGACUGUUGGAAAUAUGUGAGAUGGAGAAGGUGCAGUACAACGACGACGGGUUAACCGCACUUAUCUUCACGUCAGAGGGCGACAUGCGGCAGGCCAUCAACAACUUGCAGUCAACCAACUCUGGCUUCAGCUUUGUUUCCGGUGACAAUGUGUUCAAAGUGUGCGAUCAACCACAUCCGAUUAUUGUCCAGAGCAUUAUACGCGCGUGCCUGAAAAGCAAUAUUGACGAUGCCAUGGACAAGUUGAAUGAGCUCUGGGAUCAAGGGUACAGUGCUGUAGAUAUCAUUGUUACAAUCUUCCGGGUUGUUAAAACCUUUGAUGAGAUGCCAGAGUACACGAAGUUGGAGUACAUCAAGGAGAUCGGUUGGACACAUAUGCGAAUACUAGAAGGUGUCGGUACCCUCAUUCAACUUGGCGGGCUCAUGGCCCGUCUCUGUAAGAUGAACAUGAAGCCUGAACUGUUCAAGGUGUAA